AUAUUUUGUUACGUAUUUCAAGUUCAAGUUUCAACUCUCAUUGGUUUAUAAUUUUGUAUCAUGAUCUUAUUUAUUCGUGUUCUUGUUCAAUAGCGUAGGUAUGUAGGUAUAUCUCACCGUAUACAUUCAUCAAGCUAUAUUUGGACAUCACUAUAUAUAUAUGUCUAUAUCUCCAAAAAACCAUACCUAUGGUCAGAUUAAAUUUUUAUAACCCGUCGUUGGUGGAUAGAAGACGCCUUUGACCCGGUGCGACAAGAAGUUCAGUUUGAGUCAAGGUGCUGAUUUAGCAACAAUCUUUAAGAUUUGAAUACUUCUCUGUGUGUAACCAAGAAUUAAGGCAUGGAUGUGGCGCAUUGCUACCUGGAAGGCAACGCCGAUGCGGUGGAGUUUUGCCCACACGACUCCUACCACCAUGUUUUAGCGGCUUCAACGUAUACGCUGCAAGAGGGUGAUCAGCCUAGUAGAUCAGGAAGCGUUUCACUGUUCAAUAUUGAUGCUGAGUUCGGGCGUCUUGAAUUGGGUCAUCGUGUGGACACGGCUGGGAUUUUUGAUAUAAAGUGGAGCCCAGCUGGAAGCACUGCUGUUCCUUCGUUAGCUCAAGCUGAUGCUGAUGGGUACUUGAGACUCUAUGGUUUGGAAAGCGGUUCAAGUGGAGCCGAAGCUCUGGGGGGUUCUUUGACAGAAAUCAAUGCUGAAAAAAUAAGUUCUUCCAUGUGCCUUUUCCUGGACUGGAAUCCCUCGGCAACAUGCAUCUCUGUGGGCCUCUCAGAUGGUUCUAUCUCAAUAAUUUCCCUGAGAGAGUCCCAAUUAGAUAUAUGUCAAGAAUGGAAAGCACAUGAAUUUGAGCUUUGGUCAACUUCCUUUGAUAUCCAUCAGCCACAACUGGUGUACACAGGCUCUGAUGACUGUAAAUUCAGCUGUUGGGAUUUGCGGGAUAGUCCUUCAAAGUUGGCAUUUCAGAAUUCCAAGGUCCAUAAGAUGGGUGUUUGUUGCAUUGCAAAGAGCCCCAGUGACCCUAAUUUAGUUCUCACUGGCAGCUAUGAUGAGCACCUGAGACUAUGGGAUGUGAGAUCAAUAAUCAAGCCUGUUAAUGAAACUUCAAUUUGUCUAGGGGGAGGAGUCUGGAGAAUCAAGCACCAUCCCUCAGUACCAGGUCUGGUCCUGGCAGCUUGUAUGCACAAUGGGUUUGCAGUUGUCAAGACCAAAGGUGAGGAACCUGAAGUUAUUGAAACUUACAGUAAGCAUGAAUCACUUGCAUAUGGAGCAGAUUGGCAGAGAGGGGACUUGUGUCGGAAAGGCCAAAACAAUGGUGGUUCUGUGGUGGCCACAUGCUCUUUCUAUGACCGUCUUCUGCGGAUAUGGACGACAGAGAGUAAUCUUGUUGCAUGACUCUGCAUUUGAAAGCAUUUUCUUUAGCUGAGAUUGGAAAGGUCAUAUGUAUCACCUCCACUGAACCUUUCUUCGAAUUUUAUCAGGCAUGUUGUAGGCCCUUCUCAUAUCACAGAGAAGACAGAAUCAUUAUCUAAGCCAGUGCUCUAAGAAAAAUUCUUGGGUACUUUCAUUACUGGAGUGGGGAAAGAUCCCAGACCACACCUAACUCUGUAAAUGCUGGUGUCAGCUCUACUCUUUCUUAUUCUUACAAUGUUUCUCUGUUUGAAUGCAUUAAUCUUGCACUUUGUCUUCUCCAUUGUUCUAUUCAAAGAUGAUCAAGUUUGGUC